AUGAAGCCAACGCCAUUGUUCAUGGAAGUUGACCUCAAAUGCACGGUCCUCAAAUUGAAGGAGAGGCUGCAAACGCUUCUUACGCUUCCCAUUUCAGACCAACAUCUGUUGUUCAACAUGCAGAUCCUUGAACAUGAUCAGGUCUUGGAGUCAUAUGGCAUCGCUGAACACUCUCGCAUUCAUGUGAUCUUCGCGUUGGUGCCAGGUAGUGUGUAUGCAAACAUGGUGGUUAAGGUUCGAGGUGGUAGUAGUAGCACCACCGAUCCUGCAGCAGAGACUUACUCAGUGGUGGUUUCAUCCAAGAAUAUUCCAAGCUUCAAGUUUAAUGUUCGAGUCACUGCUGGAGAUAUGCUUCACAAGUUGAGUGAAAAUCUGCAGAAUUUCGGAGAGAAUAUUACUCCUGUUGUUAAGGAUGGGUGCCACAUUCUUCACCAUGGCAGAGUGAUGGAACGUGAUAGAUCCAUGGAGUGGCAACAGGUUGAGCUUGGUGACAAGAUUGAGAUCAUCCCUAGAGCCACUGAUUAA